CGAGAAGAAACCUAUUACUUUGAAUAUAUGUAUUUAUUAUAUGUGUUUUCAUAAGUUAAGGAAUUAUUGUGUUUUUUUUUGGAAAGUGAACUUAUGAAUGGUUAUUCAUCAUGCUGAUAAAACUCGAAAAGGUCUCCUUCGAGGUGGCACUCAAUUUAACGGGUUUCGGCAAAUUCAACAUUCUCUCGUUCCUACUGUGCAGCAGUAUCAUCAUGGGCAUGGCGUUUGAGUUGUUCUCUGUCGCAUACCUGGUGCCAGGUAGUGCAUGUGAACUCUUAACCACCAGCAACCAGCAAGGAUUGAUGGCUGCUGUCCCUCUUAUUGGUGUAAUUGCGACAUCCCACUUUUGGGGCUAUCUAGCCGACACCAGAGGAAGAAGAAAGGUGCUUUGCUUUUCAAUGACUCUCGGAUUCUUUACCGGGGGUUUAGCUGCUCUGUCACCAGACUGGAUUACAUUUAGCAUAUUUAAAUUUAUGUCUUCAAGCGCGUGAGUUAUUUAAAAAUAUAUCUUUAAUAUAAAUGAAAAUGAAUCAUCAUCAUCAGCCAAAUAAUGUUCCUGCUGCUGGAGCAUAGACCUGCAAUUUAGAUAGAUUCCUAAAAUAGGUACCAGCUAUAACCCACCACACAGGUCCAUGACUGAUUUGUGCGUGCUAACUACUGCAGAUGCAGCGGAGAUCAAUAGCUUAACGAGCCUUCCGAUGUAUGGAGGAGCUCGACAAAAUAUGUUUUGGGCAUCAAUUUGAUAACUGGCCUUUGCAAAAGUUGCUUUACAUCCGCAGUUGCAAACAUAUUAACUAUUGCGCCAUCGAGCGCAUAAAACAGAAUCAUUACAGGAUGAGCGGAUGAACAAGCAGAUAGACAGAAAAGGCAUAUUGAUAGGAUCCUAUUGGAAUCGAUUAAGUACCCUCAAUUCAAAUGUACACCCGGCUGCACGUCAGGUUACCACAAUGUGUCAAAUUUCUGCAAUGGAUUUUACCUCGACAGUCAAUGAAAUAAUACGAUUUAAAUAAUUUAUGAAUAGUCUGACGCGCUAUUGAUUAUACCUUAUAAGGUUAUUUAUCCAAAAGGAAAAAUUGAAAACCAAAUUAUUUUUAUUUUGGUAAAAUGAGUUCAUACUGUUAUUAAUAUAAAAAUAAACAAUUAAUACGUUACGAUUUGUUUCAAAACGGUUUCAGCUCAGCGUUUGCUGGUCUUGCGAUAAACGCCGAAUUUCACCUGACACCGGUUUGGUGACAUCAUAGUUAUCUACUGAUUAAUCAUUUUAGGACCAGAGUAAUACCCAUCUGUGAUUAUUUGCAGCGUGUCUGGAGCAUUCGCUUUAUCCAUGA